AUGGUUGAUAAUAUAAAACAAACAAAUAUUCUUCUUUGUGGAUCAUCACGCGUAGGUAAAAGUACUUUAAUUGAUGCAAUUUGUCAACAAAAAUUAAGUAAAACAAAUAGAAGUUUAAAUUCAGUAACAAAAUCGAUUGAACAAUAUUCAUAUAAAUGUACAAAUGGACGAACAACACAUGAAACUAUUAUAUGGGAUACACCAGGUAUUGAAUCUUGGAAUGAAAAUGAAGUUCGAUCUUAUAUGAUUUCAUUAAUUGAACAAACACAACCAUUAUGUAUGAUUUAUUGUGCUUCACCAGGUUCAUUUGCGAGAUUAGAACAUGUUAGUUGGUUAGUUUCGGAAUGUUAUGAAAAGAAUAUUUUCUGUGCUCUUGUUUGUACAAAUAUGUGGGCAGGAAGAAAUCGACAAGGAGUUGUUGAUGAAUUUUGUAGAAUUUUAAAUAGUAUUCAUCCAAAUAUUCAUCCAAUUGAAGAAGAUAAUGUAAUUUAUUUUAAUAAUGUUGCUCUUGUAACCAUGGUGAAUAGUCAUGAAUAUAUUGAUAAAGAUUUUGAUGUUAUUAAACCUGUAUCCGGAAUUGAACAAUUAAUAUUUGGUAUUGGAAAAUCAUUAAAUCGAGAUUUAAUGUUUGCAUGGUUUCGUACAGUUUCUCAGAAUACAAAUUUUUGGACAAAUAUGUCAUCGAAAUUAAGUCAUUUAUUUCAAAUGCCAACUGGAACUUUGACGUCAUUAUAUGGACAUGCCUCAAAUUUUCUUGAUUUUUUAUUUGAUGACUCGAAUUUUCUUCCCGAUGAUGAUGAUAUGACACCACUAACAACAAAAGAUACAGAAGAAUGUUUAUUUCAUGAUGCGGAAAUAAUUGAUCUUCCUGAACAAAAAAUUUCAAAGAAAUUAAUAUUUACAUUUCAAUUAGAUGAUAUAGCCAGAACAAUUGAAUUUCCCCAAAUUUUACAAAAACUUGGUGCAAAAAGUUGUAAAACGGAGGAAUUAAACAAAGAAUCGGAACAUUUAUUAAAAUUUAUUGUCGAAUUUGAAGACAUUGAGCAUGCAGAAGCGAUGUAUCAUUUUUGGCAAUUGACAACAACAAAUCAAAUUAAUUGUACAAUUGUCGACGAACUAUCUGAUGAAUUUUCUAAUAUAAACUCUGUUUAA